UUCACUCCACUAGCCACCUUGGCCUUUUUCCUGUUCCUAGAAUUUGCUAAACUGUUUACUCUGCCUUAACUCCACACCACCACCACCUCUUGUCAACAGAUCAGCUGUACUUGUUCUUUCUCAUAGUAGCCCAUGCUUUUCCUUUAUGACAUUUGUCCCUGUGUAUAGUUUUAUUUAUGUAAUUAUUUGUUUAAAUCUGCAUGUCUUUCAUGAGAGCCAAGACUAUUUUAUUCACCACUGUAACCCCCCAGCAUUUAGUAUAGUGCUAGGCGUAGAGAUGAUAUUCAAAUAUUCAAUGAGUAAGUCUACAGAACAGGGCUGUAGUAAUUGGUGUUUUCUAAACUAACCAGGAUUCCUUUUUUAAAAGGCUCAUUUUAGUAUAUUUUUCAGGCUUUAGUGUUCUAUAAAAUACACUUUGGGAAAUACUGGCAUAACUUAAUUAUAAAAUACAUGUAGAGUAUGAACAAGAUAGACGUUAAAAAAUAGAGCUUGUAGCUAGGAAUUUGUACUUAGUCUGCAUUCUUGAGUGAAGCUCUCUUUUAGGAAGAUUAAUUUGGUGUUGGUGUGCUAGAUAAAUUAGACUGGAAGCAGGGACCAAGUUUGGUUUUGUGACAAUCCGAGGACAAGGUAAUAAUGACUUGGUCUGAGUUGUUUGCAGUGGAAUUGGUGAGCUGGUUUGAUAUAGGGAAUGAGGGUAAUGGUGAGAUGCCUGUGGUUUUGACCCACAAUGCCCAGAAUGUCUCUAACAAAGACAAGACAUUUGUGUAGAGAGGACUAAUUUAGUUUCCUGUUCUACUCUUCUUUAACUUUUCAGUCAUAAUUAUUGAAAGCCUACUAUGUGCUGAGUGGUUUAAAAUAAUUAUCUUUUUUGGCUUUGAUAUGUUGAGUUUGAGCUUCUGGUGAGACGUCCAGCUAGAAGUUAAAGAUUUAAGAUUGGAGUUUGAGAGAGAAGCUAGAGCUAGAGAUAUAAUUGUCAGGUAAUUUAUUCUUGUCAAAUGAUAGAUAAAAACAGUGAUGUUGAAUAAUAGGGGAGAGUACGAAGAAGAGAGCCUUGGGGAUAGCCCAUGUUUUAGUAGUUGUAAUAAUGGCUUGGGGGCAGUGUCUGACCUCCCUUUUCACAAGGGGGAAGGGAAACCAAGAUCAAUAGCCCAAAGCUGAUUCCUGUGAGGCAGAGGUCAGACAUGCCGUCUCUCUCUGCCACCUUUUCCAGCUCUGACACCAGCUGUCCCUCCCACAGCACACACUAUUGGGUUUGAUAAUGCAGUGCAGUGGCCACACAACUCGCAGACCAUACGCACAAUUAUGGGGUUUAUUAGGGAAGUGUUUUUGUUGUUAGGUGCUAUUGAGUCGCUUCCAACUCUUACCAACCCUACAUACAACAGAAUGAAACACUGUCCCUGUUCUGCGCCAGCCUCACAAUUGCUGCUAUGCUUGAGCCCGUUGUUGCAGUCACUGUGUCAGUCCAUGUUGUUGAGGGUCUUCCUCCUUUUCACUGGCCUCUACUUUACCAAGCAUGAUAUCCUUCUCCAGGGACUGAUCCCUCCUGAUAACAUAUUCAAAGUGUGUGAGAUGUAGUCUCACCAUCCUUGCUUCUAAGGGGCAUUCUGGUUGUACUUCUUCUGGCAGUCCAUGGUAUAUCCAAUAUUCCUUGCCAACGCCACAAUUCAAAGGCGUCAAGUCUUCGGUCUUCCUUAUUCAUUGUCCAGCUUUCACAAGCGUAGGAGGUGAUUGAAAACAUCGUGGCUUGGGUCAGGCGCACAUUAGUCUUCAAGGUGACAUCUUUGCUUUUCAGCGCUUUUAAAAGGUAUCCUGCAGCAGAUUUGCCCAGUGCAAUACAUCUUUAGAUUUCUUGCUGCUGCUUCCGUGGGUGUUGAUUGUGGAUCUAAGUAAAAUGAAAUCCUUGAUAACUUUAGUCAUUUCUCCGUUUAUUGUGAUGUUGCUCAUUGGUCCAGUUGUGAGGAUUUUUGUUUUCUUUAUGUUGAGGUGUACUCCAUACUGAAGGCUGUAGUCUUUGAUCUUCAUCAGUAAGUGCUUCAAGUCCUCUUCACUUUCAGCAAGCAAGGUUGUGUCAUCUGCAUAAUGCAGGUGUGCAUCAGGGUUCUAUCCUUUCACCAUACCUAUUCCAUCUGUAUGCUGAGCAAAUUAUCCGAUAAGCUGAACUAUACGAAGAAGAACAGAGCAUCAGGAUUGGAGGAAGACUUAAGAUUAGGAAAGUAACAGGUUACAAUUCAGGUUCAGGCACACUCAGGAUAAGUUCUUCCAUCAGGACAGCCUCUUCCUAACUGUGCUUGCAGGUACGCCUCUCCCGAGGCCUCUGCCCAGAGGUGCUCAGUUUUCUGUCUCUGUGAGCCGGGGAAGCCCACCACACCAUCUGCUGCUGCCGGGCCUCUGCUGCCAGGUCUCUCCUGCCACGGUCUCUCAGCAUCUUCAGGGUUACAUCUUGCUGUCUCUGUCUCUUGCUCCCAGGAGUUUCUUAGCGUAGGGAUCCUGGCUCCAAAGGAUGCACUGACUUCUGCCUGUUCUUCCUUGGUGAUGGUGGGCUCUCCUCUCUGCCCUGGAAUUGGCUUUCAUUUAAGGCAAAACUAACCAAUCCCCUUGGUGGGCCACGAUUUUUUUAUUUGCACAGUCCCACCCAAUCACUUGGGUGGGAGUUACAAGACCAUAGCUAGAAAGGCCACACAAAAGUGAUCUGUUAUGCUAUAGUAGUGAAAGAAAAUGGAGUCAUACAUAGAAAAAUUGUGACUAUGUGGUAUCCUGAAGGAAGAGAAUGUUUCAAAAAAAAAUAAUAAUGGUAACUUUCAUGAAGACAUGAAAGAAGAUAAAGAUUGAGGGGGAAAACAUUACAUUUGGCAAGUUUCAGUAGGAGGUAGAGAUAGUUUUGCAAAUUAAUAUCCCCAUCUUGACUUAAAGGGAUUAAGAAGUAGGGUGUUGAGAAGUGAAGACCAGACGUAAAUGACUUAUGAAAUUGGGUGGUAAAAUAAACGGGAGGAGUAUAGCAAUACUCAUAAGUAGUACAGAAAAAAGAACAUUUGUUUGGCUUCAGUCUUAUCAGUGAAGUAGGAAGCAAGGUUGUUUGCCGAAAGAGAUGAGUGAGCAGAAGACUGUGAAAAGCUAUAGGAGGAACAGCUAUAGGAAGAUAAGCAGGAGCCCUAGUGGCACGGUGGUUAAAGCGCUCGUCUGCCAACCGAAAGUCGGCAGUUCAAAUCCACCAGUGGCUCUGCGGGAGAAAGAUAUGGCAGUCUGCUUCUUUAAAGAUUUCCAGCCUUGAAAACCCUAUGGGGCAGUUCUAUUCUGUCCUACAGGGUUACUACGAGUUAGAAUCAACGCAGUGGCAACUGGCUUUGGUUUAUAGGAGGAUAACAGAGUCAGCACGAGUUAAUUGAGAGCUAAUGAAAGUAGUAGCAGUCUGUCUAAUAUUAAGGAUUAAAGCUUAAUUAAUUACGAGUUUGAUCAAAUCUUAUUUGUCUAUAUUAUCUAGGCAUUCACAGUUUGUCACAGCACGGUUAUCUCUUUACCAUUUUGCUCCCUCCCUCUCUGCUCAAUUGGUGUGUUCAGGGAAGGCAAACUUAUUUUACCAUUCUAUUUAUGCAUUCAACAAAAUUUAUUGAACACCUAUUACAUGCCAGACCCAGCUGUAGGCACUGGAGAUAUAAUAAUGAAUAAAACAAAAACCCAGACCUCAUGGAGUUUACUUUAUAAUGAGGGAGGAAGCAAGGGAGACAGAAAACAAUUAAAAAAUACAUGUCAAUUCCAUUUCUUGGUAUAUACUCAAGAGAAAUGAAAACAUUUGUCUCCCCAAAAACAGCACUCACAUGUUUAAAAAAACAGUAUUAUUCCUGAUAGUCAAAAAGUAAAAACCCAAAGGCUCAUUGGUUGAUGGAUAAAUAAAAUGUGGCAUAGGCAUACAGUGGAAUAUUAUUUAGCAUUAAAACGGAAUAAAGUACUGAUAUAUGCUACAACAUGAAUGAAUCUUGAAAAUAUUAUGCCAAGUAAAAGAAGCCAGUCACAUAAGACCACAUAUUGUAUGAUUCCAAUUAUAUAAAAUAUACAAGGUAAAUAAAUCUAUAGAAACAAAAAGUAGAUUGGUAGUUGCCGAUGGCCAGGGAAUUGGGGAAUGGAGAGUGACUGCUAAUUGAACUUUCUUUUUGGGGCGGUGAAAAUAGUCUACAAAUGACUGUGACAAUGGCUAUACAACUCUGUGAACAUAUUAAAAACCAUUGAUUGUUAAUUUUUUUUUCUUUGAUCUUAAAGAUGAGGAAAGUUGGGAAGAACUGAGAUCAGGUCAGCUAGAAAAGAGAAGGCUUAGACUUAAGUUGUUUUUAAAAGGUUUGGUGUCAGUUGAUUUCAUUUCCUCUCUAGAGAAAUUAAGAAACCCACUGUAAUGGAGUCGAUUCUGACUCCUAGCAUCCCUAUAGGACAGAGUAGAACUGCACCACAGCCUCUCCAGGGCUAUAAAUCUUUAUAGAAGCAGGCUGCCAUAUCUUUCUCCUGUGGAGUGGCUGGUGGGUUCAAACCGCAGACCUUUAUUGCUGUGUGUAAAAGCAGUGUGGCCGAGUUAUCCGAUCUCCUCAUCUAGCUUUACAGGCGGGGAGGAGAGUCAUCAGCAUCAACAGCCCAAGGCAGAUUCCUGUGAGGCAGAGGUCAGACACAUCUCCUCUGUCCUUCUUACCUGUUCUGACACCAGCCGUCCCUCCCUCAGAACUCUGCUUUUCUGCUGGGCUUGAUAAUUUGUUGCAAUGGCCACACAACUCAUAGACAAUACUCACGAUUAAGGGGUUUCUUGGGGAAUUAACAGGGGACGACUCAGAAUUAGAAACAACUCAGAAGAAAGAGGAACAACUGAGGAUAUCAUUCUUCAUCAGGAUAGCUGUUUCUUGCCCUCUGCUGCUGGGCCCUGUUCCGGACUCUUAGCUCCCAGGUCAGCAAGCCCCACUGCAGCUGUCUUGUACCAGUCUCCUGGUUCCUGCUGUCUCUUACCACUAUCGGUGUUGCUACUGCUAUGCCACUGUUUCUCGCUGCCUUCAGUGUUACAACUCCUUCCCCUCUCAGUGUCUCCCGUUAAGCCUAGCGGGAUGGCAAAGUUGACAGAUCCCCUCAGGUUUUCAUACACCUAUUUGCAUGGUCCCACCCCCCAUAAGGGUGCUAUGCACCUUAUGUGUAUUAUCAGCAAGCUUUCCAAUCCCCUUUGGUGAUAAGCACCUUAUUUGCAUAGUUCCACUCAAUCGUUUGGUGGGAGUUAGAAGACCUUGGAGAGAAAUGCCAUAUAAAAGUGAUCCAUCACACUGCAGCAUGGAUUUAAGCAAUGUUUGAGGAACUGUAUUAACUGUGAGAGUCAAUAUCUUACAUUGACACAAGAGAAUGAAUGCCAGACAUCCUUUUGAAAUCAACAAAGAUGCCACUUCUCAGGGUCAAAUGGUUUAAUUUAUCAAAUCAAACAGAGUGUAGUGUACUGGAGUAGGGGUAGAGAACAAUAACAAAAAACACCUGUUGUUGUUGAGUCAGUUCUGACUAACACUGUCAGGGAGACCUCUGAUAAGGUGGCAUGACAAGAAGGAAGUAAGGGAAUCUUCCUUGGAUAUCUGAGGGAAGACUUUUUCAGGCAGAAGGAGUAGUUACUACCAAAGCUUUGAGGUGAGAGAAGACUUGAAAUGUUUAAGAACAGCAGGGAAGAUAGUAUUUGAAAAAGAGUGAGCAAGGAGGAAAGUGACAGGUGAUGGGUUCAGGAGCUAUUUAAGCAUAAUAGAGUUUUAAAAGUAUAUCUACUAUAAAAAAUGAGAUACUAUAUUCCAAGUUUUAGAUAUUGUAUCUGUAGUUCUAGAGAUUCUUCAUAUUGCUUCAUGCCUUUAUCCUUGGAGAGUUGAGAGUGGGCUAUAUUAAGAAAGCACAUUUUUCAGAGAGAAAUUCAAUAGCGUUUUAAAUUUUAUUUUGAAAUUGCUUAAAUCUGUGAAGGCCCUUUAUUUAUGUUAGCAUUAAGAAUGAAGCCAUUUGUAAAAAUGAAUAUGAGGAAGAUUAAUUAAGCUAGUGAGAAAUUAUUCAAAUAUACUUUUUCUAUAUUUGUCAGUUGUGUUUGAAAUUUAUCAGUAUUUGAUCAUCUGAUUAGCUUCUCGGAUUUUGUGUCAGAGGCUAGCAUUCAUUUACACUAUUGUAUUUUGUAGUAUUGGAAGCUUCAAGACCUUCAAUACCCCUACUUAUCUGGCAAACUUCUGGCAAUUUGCUAAACUAUAGUUAAGUAAAAUUUUAAGAAUUAAAAUAAAACCUUUAAUUCCCAAAGGUGUAAUUAUGACAAAGCUUACAUACUUGCUCACUUCUUAAGGAUGGAGGCUUUCCUACUUAUUUUAACACAGCGCUUGGUCAUCCGAUUUCCCUUGGCAGACUUCAUUUAUUGUAGAUUCCAGUUAGAGAACAGAAAGGCAAUAAUAGACGCUUAUGGAACACAUUUAGAAAGGGUUAAUGUACUCUGGAAUCAGAUCCACUAAAGGCUCUGAAGAGAAGUAGCUAAAUAACUAUGAAGGUCACAGAGGUCUCAGGGAACUCCCACCCAUCAGUCAGUCUGUUGUAUUGUGGUAGCUUGUGUGUUGCUGUGAUGCUGAAAGCUAUGCCACCAGCAUCUCAAAUACCAGCAGGAUCAUCCAUGGUAGAUAGAUUUCAGUGAAGCUUCUAGACUAAAACAGACUAUAAAGAAAGGCCUGGCAGUCUGUUUCCAAAAAUUAACCAAUGACAAUCUUAUGGAUCACAAAAGAACAUUGUCUAACUCACUUGGUUUGCACAUGUCAUCAGGAGAAAUCAAUUACUGAGGGAGACAUUUUGUGAAGUAGAGGGUCAGCGAGGGUGAGGGAGACCAUCCGUGAGAUAUUGUCACAGUAGCUGCAUCAGUGGACUCCAGCAUGCCGGCAGUUGUGAGGAUGACACAGGACCUGGCAGGGUUUCAUUCUGUUGUACGUAAGGUCGCCAUGAGUCAGAGUCCACUCAGCGGCAUUUAUCUGUCUACACUGUAUACCACAGUGGCUACCAAAAGCUCCCUCAGUUAUCUGGAAAAUUGAUCUACGUCAUUUCCCAGCAACGCCAGAGAACUGAGUUACCUUUGUAUUUAAGAUAUAAUUAAAAAAAAAAAAAGCACAUUGAAUUACUUAAUAACAACUGUGCUAUAAACACUAUUUAAAGUCAGCUUUAUGCUCUGAUUGAAGAGUGUAUUUACCCCACAUAGCCUAAUUUGGAGAUUACAACAAAAAAGAGGUUUCCUAAUUAGUGUUCCCUAUUUACAUGUUUAUAAGUUUGUUUUCUGAUAUAAAAAUGUUUACAGCAGGAAGCCUGAAACUCAGAAGUUACAAAGGGAAAGGCUGACAGAAUUAACUAUAUGAAAAUUUUAAACAUUUAUGACAAAAGCCCAUCAUAGUUCAAAAAGACUAAUAUAAAUAUUUUCCUUUGAUAUUUUAACGUUAAAAGUGUUACAAAUCAAUGAAAAGAAAAACCAAAUAGAAAAAUGGACAAAGAAUAUAAAGAGAUAAUUAAGAAUACUAAGCGAUUUUGCUUUUCUUUAAUAAAAAACACAGGUUAAGAUAGCAAUAAGACCUUUUUUUUUGCCGUCAUAUUGGCAAAGGUUAAUAAUGCCCAGCAUUUCCACCAUUCUCAUGCAGAGUAGGUAGGUGUAUAAAUUGCAGCUUUUCUGGUACUAAGUGACUAAAUUAGAAAUGUGUGUACCCUUUGACCCAGCAAUCCUACCUAAAAUUUAUUCUAAUGACGUAAUUUAGAGUGGGCAAAGGUAAGCAUAAAGGGAUUGCAGCACUGUUUAUCAAAAAUUGGAAAUGACCCUCAAUAUGAAUUUGGUUAAACAAAUUAUGGCAUACCUAUACAGUACAGUUCUCCAGAGGGAUUUUAAAAAGGUAAAGUAAAAUUGUGCGUGUGGCUAUGUGUUUGUAUCCCUGUUACAUUAUUAAAUGAGAAUAGUUUUUUCCAGAACUGUCUGUAAAAUAUCCUAUUUAAAACUGUUUAAGGUUAAUUUAUGUCACAAAUUAGAAAAGUAGAAAUUGGAUCUUGACUAGUUAUCUUUGUGGAGAUAGAAACGGAUUUCAGGGAAUUGCCUUUCUUUAUACUUUCCUGUAUGUUAAAAAAAAUUUUUUUUUUUUUUUUUACAAGAAGCAUGUAUUAUUCUCAUAAGCGAAUGGGGAAAAAUAAAGAUUCUUAUUCCUGGGGUAGGUAGAGAAGAGAAAAUUUAGGAUAGUUUGAUGUGUUCUAAAACCAUUAAAAUUCUUUCCAGACUCAGCAGUGUAAAUCCCAAGUUUUCAAACCCUCUAGAAAAGGAAAAAACAGGCCAUUAAGAUGCUAAAAAUUAUUUUUCCAUGUUUUUAAUAAAGAAAAUUAAAUUACAUUUUAAUUUUGCAAAUAGCAAACCUAUUGGGAUGUGAGAUGGUGAAGAAAAUACAUUGUUUGAUAGUAGUGAUGUGUACCAUCACCAAAUAGGUGAUGGUAGGUUUAGGUUACAAAAACCUGUCUUAUUUAUCUAGUGCUACUGUAACAGAAAUACCACAAAUGGAUGGCUUUAACAAAGAGAAAUUUAUUUCCUUACAGUUUAGUAGGCUAGAAGUACAAAUUCAGGGCAUCAGCUCCAGGGGAAGGCUUUCUUUCUCUUUCGUCUCUGGAGGAAGGCCCUUCUCAUCCAUCUUUCCCUGAAUUAGGAGCUUCUCCGUGCCAAGAACCCUGGGUCCAAAGGACUUGUUUGGCUCCUGAUUUCUUUCUUGGUAGUAUGGGGUUCCUGCCUCUCUGCUUGCUUCCCUUUCCUUUUAUUUCUUGUAAAAUAAAAGGUGGUGCAGACCACACUCCAGGGAAACUCCCUUUACGUUGGAUCAGGGAUGUUACCUUAGUAAGGGUGUUACAAUCCCACCGUAAUCCUCUUUAACAUAAAAUGACAAUCACAAAAUAAAGGACAACCACACAAUACUGGGAAUCAUGGCCUAACCAAGUUGACACAUAUUUUGGGGGGGACACAAUUCAACCCAUGACGGUACCCGCCUGAAAAUGUUCUUAAGAGCACAAUGACUUUUUAUCAGAAAUGUAUUAAACAUAAGAGUUGGAUAAUUACUUAAAGAUUUAAAAAUCAGCAAAACUAAUGUCUGUGCACUUUGCGUAAAAGAAAUGUGGGUAUGGUAAAGAAAAUAAUUAGGUUAAUAAUUCUGGAGCCCUGUACCUAAUCAUUGUAUUUGGCCUAUUAAAGAGGAAACAGCCUUUAUAAUAUUGAACCUAAAUUUGAAACAAUACCCAUACUCGAUGUCUAGCAGUAAAAGAUUUGUAACAUAGCUCACUUUUACUUUUUGCUUUUGUUGACUAUUUACACUCGAUGUUUGUCAUUUCUGUUCUAGAGUAGCCUAUUUAAGUAUUCGUUUCAAAUUUUAAUAUACAUCUGAACGUAAUAGUUUCCAAGUUUAAGAGUAGAUAUAAAUUUAAUUUUCGUAAAGAAGAAUAUAGCUACAUAUAAAAAUCAUUUCUCAUAAAUGACUAUCUCUUUUAAUGAUUCUUUCCCUGGCUUGAGUUUUCUUAGCCUAUUUAGAAUGAUGUUCUACAAGAUUUCCUAAUGACUAUUCCUAAGUUGGAAACUCUGGUGGCGUAGUGGUUAAGUGCUAUGGCAGCUAACCAGAGGUUCGGCAGUUUGAAUCCACCAGGAGCUCCUUGGAAACGAUGGGGCAGUUCUACUCUGUCCUAUAGGGUCGCUAUGCGUCAGUCUUUGUUUUGGUAUUCCUAAGUUGUUCAUGACGUAAAUUUCAGACCAUGCUAAAUAUACAUUUAUAGCAGAUAUUUAAGAACUAUUUCAUAAUUAGAAAUACUAGAAUAUAUAGUUUCAUUUUAGGAGAUGUGAAUGAAAAAAUUUAGAUACCUCCCACUCCCAAAAUUAAUCUGUGAAUCUCUUUAUCAUAGUCAAAGUUCUAAGAACCACGCACCUUCUCCUUUCUCUAUAUUCUUUCCCUUAUUUCCAGUCUUAAAAGUUCUAAUGGUUUCACUUAAAAGAAUGUUGCAUAGAUUAAUGGAAUGUGAUGCCCUUUUGUACUCUUUUGAAAAAUGCAUUUCUAAUGGGGAGGGGGAGUAUCAGCAGGGGACAGGCAGCGCUUUUGAAUUAUAAUAAGUUAUAUUAGAAAAAGCCCACGUGUGCUUAACAAGAUUCUCGUAAACAAAACUCUUAACAAGAAGUCUCCAUUUGCAGUAAUACAGUGGAAUUUUUUACAAAAAUGCCAGUUUAAAAGAUACCUUCUUUAAUAUGUAAAAAAAAUGUUUCCUGACUUGACUGUUUUUUUUUUUUUGGUGAGGAGGGAGAGUAGGGGAAAGAGACCUGAUCUUUAGCUACAAACUACAGGUGCACAAUCUUCAGAAUUUUGAAAACCGUCUUUUUUUUUAAGCGGGGGAGUGGGCGAGGCAAAUCCAUUUGAUGGCAAACGCUAACCUGACCUGGAUGCAUUUGACAGCAAAACCUGACCUGAACUAACAUCAAAAACCAAACCCAUUGCCAUCAAGUCAAUUCUGACUAAUAGCUACCCUAUAGGACAGAGUAGAACUGCCCCCUUAGGGUUUCCAAGGACCAGCUGGUGAAUUCGAAUUGCUAGUCUUUUGGUUAGCCACGUUCCUAACUAACCGCUGUGUCACCAGGGCUCCAUGAACAUGUAUACUUAACAGUAAUCUUUAACUGGUACUUUAAACUGAUGACAGGCAUUAAGUGUAUUUUUGCUGGUAAAACUAAGAGUAAGCAAGACAAUCUCAUAUAUAAUCACUGUGUUUUAUUCUGUAGAUAAAGUUUUAUUAUCAAAAAUGUGGGGAGACUAUAUGAAAGGUAGAAUAAACCUGCUGGUUGAUUACCUGAUAUAAAUAUUAACUGUAAUUAAAAAGAUACUCCCUAAAAUUAUUUGCUGAAGGAGAGGGUAUUACUAGCUAAUUUCAGCAUUACUAGCUAAUUUCAGCAUUACAUAGUAGAGAACCAAUGGAUAGUAGCCAAAUAGAGGGUAUUUGGGGUAUUAAAUAAAAGUAUUAAUAACAUUACCUAUGAGGAAGGAAGGGACUAGGAUAAAGUAAAUAGGGAUAGAAGCUUGUCUUCUUUAAAUAUACCUUGUUUUGUGGAUUUGAUUUUAGACCCAUCUUAGUAUUUUAUAAGUAUGUAACAACACUAAACUGUAGUGCCUAAAUAUAAAAAUAAAAGUUUUGAAAUGUUCUCUCAGUUGGUAAUAGCACUCCGAGUAGACUCUUCCAAGUAACUUAAAAGGCAUUUAAUUUGACUAUACGUCCUAAGUUGGGUAUAUACUAACUAUAAAAAGAAUCGCAAGAAAAGAAAAUUAUUUUUAUUUAUCAUAUUGUUGGUGGUAGUAUUGAUAUUUUUGUUCUGAGGCUGUCAUGUAUAUGUUAUGUAAGCAGCAAUGAGCAACUAUGUAAGUAACAUUGAGAAUAAAGGGUUUGGGCUUGUGAGAAAUGAGAAUCAGAUGUAAGAUUGAGAUUAGAUUAAAAUCCUUUAAAUCUGAAUUUUAAUUGGAAGCGUCAGUAUAAACCCAGGAUAUAUAUGUGUUCAUGUAUAUGCGCCUGUAUAUAUAAAUGUGAGUGUGUACAGAAUUUUCUAGUUUUGUGCACUGAAAAGGCAGUGAGCAUCCCAGCACCCAGGUUGUGUUUUCUAAAUACCAUUUCCCACUAAAAGGAAUUAGGACUCUUAAAAAAGUAGCUAAUUCCAGAUCUAAGGUAAGAAAAAUGCAAGGUAAACCUGGAAUGAGAUGUUAUCUCAGAAAGCAAGGAAGCUAUCAGAGAAAACUAGAGUUGUGUUACAAGGUCUCAGUUAAGUAGACAUUAUGUACCUACUGAUGGAAGUACACACUACCACCUGUGAAGCAAUCUUGGCCAAAAAAAAAAAAAAAAGUUUUUUUAAUAAAAAAUAACAAAAGUUCUGAAUCUGAAUAAGUCUCUGAAUCUAACUAUCAAUAUACAGUAAAUACAGGAACCAGAGAAAUAUAUUAAACUACUUUAUGGUUAUGCAUUUAGCAGUGUCCAGAUUAUGGAAAACUGCUGUUACCAGUUUAUACAACCUGAUUUCUUCUACCAAAAAAUUGUGAGAAGAUGGGGGAAAAAAGAAAGAUGGAGAAGGAACUUGUUAAAGGAGAUUUAAGAGACGUGUUUUUUUUUUAAUCAUCUAGUCAGAAUGUAGGAGUCUUACUUGUAUCGAUUCAAACAAACCAAGAGAAAAUAAAUCAGUAGGGGAAAUGUGAACACUGCCUGCGAAGUUCAUGUAAGGAAUUAUUAUUUUAGAUGUGAUAAUGGUAUCGUCUUUUUUUUUUUUUAACAGCUUUCUGUACAUACAGAAAUAUUUGCAGAUGAAAUGAUAUGCUUUGUGGGAUUUGCUUCAAAAUAAUCCAGAUGAUUGGGUGGAGAGUGCAUUGGGACACAGAUGAUACAAGACUGCCACAGAUUGAUAAUUGCUGAAAUUUGACGAUGGGGUCGUUACACUAUUCUAUCUACUUUUUCUUUUUUAUUAUAGAAAUUACAAAAACUUAUCCUGCAAAGGAGGGGGAAAAAAUAAGUAAUAAGGAGUAAAAAUAGGGAAGCUGUUCAUAUGUCUUUGGUGUUUGAAUGCUAGGUGGUUUGAUUAUUUAUGGAGUGCAAUCCACAAUUAAGAGACCUUUUUUUAGUUGUUUACCAACAGUGCAGAGCACUAGAGAGAUAAAGAAAUAUAAGAUUUGUAUCUUUAACCUUAGGGUAGUUGGAGAGAUAAAGUGGAAACUUGAGCAAUGUAAGAGUUGAGUAACCAACAGCUGACAUAGAGUAACAUGAGGAAAACAUAUUUGUUGCUUUCAGAAAGGUCUGUAUAGCAUCGAAGACUUUGAGAUGUUUUCUUGUUUUGUUUUGUUUGGAAGCAAAGGGACUCUAGAUUAGGGUAGGGAUCAGAAGACCUGGGAUCUAGUCUUGGCUUUGCCAUUUUACUAUGUAUUUGACUUUGACUAAGUCAUUUAACCUCCCUAACUUCCUCAUUCAGAAAAUAGAGUGAUGCCUGCCUUUACAUUGAGCACUUGGUAUCAGAAUAAAAUGAUUUAAUGCAUGAAAAAGCUCUUUGUAAACCAUAUGUCCCCGUUCUGAUGUAAGAUAACUUCCACUGUCAUCAUUAAAAGGAAGUUGGGGGGAAUGUAAAAAAGGGGAAGCCAUGUCAUUGCCUUAUUGUUUUAGUGUGUGUGUUUAAAUAAUUACUUUAUUGCUUAUAUAUUUUGAAACAUCUCAGCAGAGUCAUAUUUGAGGCUGUGUGUGCACCCGUAAUACCUGCUGCUGUCGAGUCAAUUCCUAUUCAUAGUGACCCUUUAGGACAGAGUAAAACUGCCCCAUAGGGUUUCCAAGAAGCAGACAGUGGAUUCAAACUGUUGACCUUUGGGUUAGCAGUCAAGCUCUUAACCACUGCACCACCACGGUUCCAUAAAUCUUUUUCUAGGAUAUGCCUUCCCCCCCCCCCCAAUUACUAGUACGAUUUUUUAAUCACACUCUUCUAAGAAUCUCAGACUAUGUACAAGGAAUAUGGCUCCUAAGAAACAGUUUUUAGACUGAAAUACUUAAAGAAUGAUUAAAAACAAGCCUUUCCUUACUGAAUGUUUAUUUUUUUAAAAACUGAUUCAACACUAGUAACUCAGUGCCUACUGUGUGCCAGGUACUGUACUGUGUGCUGAGGAUUUAGUGUUGAAUAAAUGAAAUUCUGUCCCGCAUGGAGCUUACAUUCUAGUGAGAGACAAUUAAGUAAACAUAUAAUUUCAAGUAGUGAAAAGUGCUAUAAAGCAAAGUACACUGAAAAAGGAGGAUAGAGAUUGAUGCGAUGGAAUAUUAUUUUAUAUAGAAUGAUUGGAAAAGCCCUCUCUGAGGGGAUCAGCAUUAGAGCAAAGAAUGAACCCUGAAGAGAGUUUGUGAAAAGUGUUCCAGGCAAAUAGCAGGCUCUAAGAUGGGAGCAGGAAACACUUUUUAAAGAGACAACUCAGGAGUCAAAUGAAGACCUGUUAUCUCAUCCAGUGCCCAGUGCCCAAAUGAGGAAAUGGAUUGGUCUACGAUAUCUCAUGAGAAAGAAAACUAAGAAAAAGCUAAAGAUGGAAAAAAUAUAUUAAGGAAACUUAUCUGUAUAUUUUGUUAAAAUUUCUAGAGAAUAUCAUACAUUUACGUAUUCAUGGGGUGGGCUGGCAAGAUAUUACUGCUGAGGAGGCAGUCCAAUAAUGAUUGUUAUUAUUGUGUAUAAUACACACCCUCAUCCUCUGAGAUAGUAUUUUCUUCACAGAUGGGCAUACACAGUGAACCCAAAGAGUAUUGUCCUUUCAGAGAAGGCAGAAAUGAGACAACCGGUAGAGAAUGUUGCUUUCAAGAAGCUAUCUUUAAAAAACUUAGUUAAUGAAAUAUUUUAAUACCUAAGCAUCUUAGUUACCUAGUAUUGCUGUAACAAAAAAUACCACAAGUGGGUAGUUUUAAAGAACAGAAGUUUAUUUUCUCACAGUUUAAGAAGCUAGAAGUCCAAAUUCAGGGCACAGCUCUAGGGAGAGGUCCUUUGUCAGCAACCACGGGAGCUCCUUGCCAUCUCUGUUCCCCCGAGUGUGUUUCUGUGUCUCUUCUGCUCUUUUUAUAACUUAGAAGUGAUUAGCUUUCAGACCCACCCUGCUCUGGUAUGACUUCAUUAAUGUAAGAGAAAAACCCUAUUUACAAACAGAAUCACAUCCAUAAGUAUAGAUGACCAGGACUUCAGUACGUAUUUUGAGGGAACACAUUUUGUAAACGCCAAGGUGUCUUACUGAUAUAUUACAAUAAUAUAGAUAUGUUGUGAGAAUGCUUAGACUGAGACACGUUAAGGAUUGGAAGAGAGCUUGGAGAUCACCUUUGUUUUACAGGGUGCUAUCCAGUAAUUUUUUUUUUUUAUCCAGCAAUAUAAAGUUACGCCAGAAAUAGCUUUGAGCCUUAAGAAAUGAGCAACAUUAUUCCUUAGAUGCUCCAUUUAUCUUUUUGUAAACAUUGGUAGAACAUUUAUAAAUCUUUAAUCAGAACUAAAUGAGUUCUGUUGAGAAUGUGGUACUAUUAACACAGGCCCGAGUGUUACCUCUAGAAAUGAAAAUAUUCGUAUUAGGAGACUCUUGUUUUUAGACUUCUUCUUUUGUAUGUUUUGUUUGCAUUAUUUCUUCCUUGAAUGGCACAUUCCGAUUAAGUGGUUGGCUACUAACUGGAAGGUUGGCAGUUUAAACGCACCCAGAGGUACCUUAGAAGACAAGCGUGGCAAUCCGCCCCCCAAAGGUCACAGCCUUGAAAACCCUAUGGAGUAGUUCUGCUCUGCACACAUGGGGUUGCCGUGAGUCAGAAUUGACUUGAUGGCAACUAACAACAGCAUCUUUCUGAAACUUCAAACCCAUUAUUCUUAACACCUCUAAAAAAUCCACAGAUUGCUUCUCCCAUAAUUCUUCUUGGUUCACAGCAUUGCUAACCAUUCAGUCACGCAAGGUAGUAAACCUCAGUCAUCUUUCCCUUCUUCCUUUCUACCACCCCCUCACCAAUUUGAGGAGUAUUCCCUAUGUGUUCUAUAAUAAGGGCUUCAUACGUUGUCUUAAUUUUUUAUUGCAGAUGUUCUAAACAAAUCCAAAAGAGUGUUUUAAGGUGCAGGCUUAUGUUGCAUAAACAGGGCCUGUACUAUCUGUUCCAGUCUGAUAUAUUUGAACUUUAAUAUCCUCUCCCGGUGUUCCUCCUACAACUUUUUGUAAGUGGGUAGCACAGAGUGAGCACUGGGGUUGAGGAGGGAGAUCGGAAAAUUUUUAUCAUAGUUGCAGGGAAGGCCUCUCAAAAUCUUACAAGGGUGAGACUUCUGUUUGAUUUUCUGCUGCUUCUUAUUUUAGUAAGAGGCCUUGUUGGUGUCUCUGCAAGAGGGUCCUUCAGUAGCUAAAGUUUCUCAAAACUUGUUUGUCAUCAAACCCGCCAUUAGAUCUUUCACUAGGACGGCUGUAUACAAGAUUAUCACUGUAGACAACUUGAGGAAAAAACUUAACGAGGAACACAUUCAUCAUUCGGCAUACCAACAAAGAUUCUGUAAAUAUCAGUAAGUACUCUGAUGGGCAGAAGUCCUGGAGUGAGUGACCAUUAAAAGGACUAAUGCCCCCAUUAUGUGUAACUUGAUCUUUCUUUUCCCUGAAAACUUAUAAGUAGCGUGGCAUUUUUUGUCCCCCCUCCAUAUUUAUUUGGACUCUUUCAGUCUUGGUGACAUGAGGGAAAAUAGGAUUUGUACAGAAUUUUCUGCAACUUCUAAACUGUUACCAUCUUCUCACUUACAAGAACUUGAGUAAUUCAUGGAAUCAUUCAUGUAACUAUUUCUUUGAUGAUCCAGUAGUUUGGAAUUUGAACUGUCUACAAAGAUUGCCCUGAAUGACGGCACCUUUAAGUAUCUAUAUUCGUGUUUCUGUAUUGUCCUUUAUUCUCUUCUCCGUAUGCUGCCAUAGUCUCAGGCAGUGAUCACCCAGCAUGUUUUUUUAACUCUCCAGCUUUCCAGGUGAAACCCACAGUACCUCAUCAACAAGAAUAUGUCCUUUUUUUUAGUAGACUUUAUUUUUUAGAGCAGAAAGUACAGAGAGUUCUCAUAUACCCCCCUCAACACUGUUUCUCCUAUUAUUGACAUCUUACAUUACUGUGGUACAUUUGUUCUAAUUAACGUACUAGUCUUGAUAUAUUUAUUAUUAACUAAAGUCCACAGUUUACAUUAAACCAAUAACCAAAUCAGUUGCCAUCAAGUCAACUCAGUUCUGACUUAUGGUGACCCCUGUGUUUCAGAGUGAACUGUGCUCCAUAGGGUUUUCAAUGGCUGUGAUCUUUCAGAAGUAGAUUGCCAAGCCUUUCUUCCAAGGCACCUCUGGGUGGAAUCAAACCGCCAUCAUUUUGGUUAGCUGAGCACUUAACCAUUUGUGGAGAUGGAUACUAUAAAAGGAAACCAGACAGAAAUACUGAAACUGAAAGAUGCAAUAACUGAAAUAAAAACUCAAUGGAAGGAUUUAACAACAGGUUUGAGCUGGCAGAAGAAACGGUGAUCUAGAGGCUCUAGUGCUACACCUCUCUCUGUUUCCUGGGUCUAGGAGGUUCCCAGCACAGGAACCCCAGUUUCAGAGGAUGCACUUCACUCCUAGCUCUUCUUUCUUGGUGGCAGCAAGGUCUGGUCCACCCAUUGCCCUGGGACUGGUUCUCUUUUUUUAAGCCUAGUGGGAUGGCAAAACUGAUCAGUUCCCUCGUUAGAGUUCCAUUCACCUUAUUUGCAUUCUUAGCAAGCUGUCCAAUUCCCUUGGUGGGCCACAAACACCAUAUUUGCAUAGUCCCAUCCAGUUCUUUUGUGGAAAUCACAAAGACUAUGGCUAGAAGGGCCAUAAUAAGUAAUUCACUGCACUGUACUGUGUAACUCUCCUUAAAGAAUGAAGGUGAAAUUAAGACAUUUCCAGGUAAAAGUUGAGAGAGUACGUAAUCACUAGACCUGUCAUACAAGAAAUGCUAAUGGGAGCCCUUUAGAUGGGAAAGAAAGGACACUAGACAAUGACUUGAAGCCAUGCGUAAAAAAAAAGAUCUCUGUUAAAGGUUAUUUCAUAGACAAGUAUAAGGACAAGUUUUAAGGUAUUUGGGUUUGGCAAUUCUAGUUAUUUCUUCCAGGCUUUAUAAUGACAGAUAUAUAAAAAUAUGUAUAAAUUUAUGUUAUAGGGCACAUAAUGUAUAAAGAUGUAAUAGGUGAUAACAACAGCAUAAAUGAGGCAGCGGUGAGGAAUGGAAUAGGUAUAGAGUUUUUGUAUGUUAUUGAAAUUAAGUUGGUAUCAACUGAAACAGGUUGUUGUAAAUGUAAGGUGUUAAAUGUAAUCCUCCUGGUGACCACAAAGAAGAUAUUUAAAAAAAAAAAAGAGAGAAGAGAAUCAAAAUGGUUUACUACAAAAAAUCAGUAUAACAGAAAAGUUGGCAGUAUUGGAGGCACUGAGGGAGAAAGAAGAUAUAAUACACACACACACACACACACACAAACAAGAAAGUGGCAGAAGUAAAUCCUUAUCAAUAAACCAGAAGACCAAAUACAUUGCCAUCAAGUCAAUUCCAACUCACAGUGACCCUAUAGGACAGAGUAGAACUGUUCCACAGGGUUUCCAAGGUUCUAAAUCUUCAUAGAUGCAGACUGCCACAUCUUCUUUCCACGGAGCAGCUGGUGGGUUUGAACUACUGACCUUUCAGUUAGCAGCCAAGCGCUUACCUGCUGCACCACCAUGGCUUCUUUCCUUAUCGGUAAUUACCAUCAAUGUAAAUAGACUAAACACUCCAAUCAAAAGGCAGAGAGAGAUAGAAUUUAUAAAAAAAACAAAUGAUCCAACCAUAUACUGUCUACAAGAGUCAGAUUAGGUUCAAGGACACAAAUAAGUUGAAAGUGAAAGAAUGGGAAAAAAAAAAUCCAUGCAAAUAGUAACCAAAAGAGAGCUGGGGGUGACAAUUUUAAUAGCAGAAAAAAUAGACUUCAAGUAAAAAUCUGUUAUAAGAGACAAAGAAGAAUAUUAUAUAAUGAUAAAAGGGCCAGUUUCUCAAGAGAUACCAGUUAUAAAUACAUAUGCACCUAACACCAGAGUCCCAAAAUAUAUAAAGCAAACACUGAAAGAAUUGAAGGGAGAAAUAAAAUUGUACAAUAAUAAUUGGCAAUGUCAAGAGACCACUUUCAGCAAUGAACAGAAUAUCUAGAAAAAAGAUCAGUAACGAAAUAGAGUAUUUGAAUAGCAGUAUAAACCAGCUGGUUUUACUGGUUAUAAACCAGGUAGACCUAACAGACAUAUAUAAAACACUCCACCCAACAAUAGCACAGGGGUAUACAUUCUUCUGUAGUCCACAUGGAUCAUUCUUCAGGCUAGACCAUGUGUUAACCCACAAAGCAAGUCUGAAUAACUUUAAAAAGACUGAAAUCAUACAAAGUAUCUUCGACCACACUGAAGUGAAAUUAGAAAUUAGUAACAGGAAGAAAACUGGAUAUGCACAAAUAUGUGAAAAUUAAACAUACUAGUAAACAACCAGUGGGAUCAAGGAAGAAGUCAGAAAAUACUUACAGUCGAAUGAAAAUGAAAGCACAGCAUACUACAAUUUAUGGAACAUAGCAAAGGCAGUGCUCAGAGGGAAUAGCAAUAAAUGCAGACUUUAAAAAGGAAGAAAGAUCUCAAGUCAAUGACCAAACUUUACAACUUGAGGAACUAGAAAAAGCUACCAGAAAGAAGGAAAUAAGAAAGAUCAGAACAGAAAUAAAUGAACUAGAGAAUAGAAAAACAAUAGAGAAUCAAUGAAAACAGAAGUUUUUUUUUUAAAGAGUAAUAAAAUUGACAAACCUUUAGCUAGACAAAGGAAAAAAGAAGAUGCAAAUAUAUAAAAUCAGAAAUUAAAGUAGGAGAUUACGACCGAGCCUGCAGAAAUAAAAAGGAACAUAAGAGGAUAAUAUGAACGAUUGUAUGCCAACAAAUUAGAUAACAUAGGUGAACUGGACAAAUCCCUAGAAAUGCAUAAACUUCCUACAUUGACUCAAGAAGAAAUAGAGCUCAGAAGAAAUUAAGUUAGUAAUGAAAAUCCUCCUUUAAAAAAAAAAAGGCCUGGACCAGAUGACUUCACUGGGGUAUUCCACCAAACGUUUAUAGAAGAAGUAACUCCAUUCCUUCUUAAACUUUUUCAAAAAGUAGAAUAGGAGGGAACACUUCCCAACACAUUUUAUGAAGCUAGCAUUACUCUGAUACCGGAGUUAAAGAGCACAAGAAAAAAAACCUGUAGACCAAUAUCUGUUAUGAAUAUAGAUGCAAAUGUCUUCAACAAAAUAUUAGCAAACUGAAUCCAAAAAUGUAUUAAAUGUGUAACGAUAGAUGUAUGGACCGUUGGAAUAGAAUUGAGAGUGUGGAAAUAAAAGCCAUACAUCUUUGGUCAUUUGAUUUUUGACAAGGGUGUUAAGUCCAUUCAAUGGGGAAAGAAUAGUCUCUUUAAUAAAUGAUGCUGGUACAACUGGAUUUCCACAUGCGAAAGAAUGAAGCUGGACCUGUACCUCACACCAUAUAUGAAAAUUAACUCAAAAUAGACCAAAGAUCUUAAUGUAAGAACGAAAAUCACAGUACUCUUAACAAGAAAACGGGUAAUACUUCAGGACCUAGUUUUUAACAAUGAAUUCUUAGGUAUGACACCAAAAGCAUGAGCAACAAGAUGCAAAAUAGAUAAAUUGGACUUCCUCAAAAUUUAAAACUUGUGUUCAUUGAAGAACUUUAUCAGCAAAGUGAAGAGACAACCUAGCAAUUGGGAGAAAAAUUAGGGGGUAGAACCAAAUACCUGAUAAGCGUUUUAUAUGCAGAAUAAAUAAAGAACUCCUACAAAGUAACAACUAAAGGCAAACCACCCAGUCAAAAAAUGAGCGAAGGACUUGAAUAGACAUUUCAUCAGAGAAGAUACACAAAUGGCCAACAAGCACAUGAAAAGAUGCUCAACAUCAUUGUUGUUAUGUGCCAUCGAGUCGGUUCGGACUCAUAGUGAACCCCAUAUGACAGAGUAGAACCUGCCCCAUAGGGUUCCCAAGGAGUGGCUGGUGCAUUUGAACGUGGACUUUUUGGUUAGCAGCCCAGCUCUUAACCAUUGUUCCACCAGGCUCCUUCAACAUCCUUAGCCAUUAGGAAAACACGAAUCAAAACCACAAUGAGAUAUCACUUCAGUCCCACUAAGAUGACUAUGAUAAAAAGAAAACAACAGGUGUUGGUGAGAAUGUAGAGAAAUUAGAACCCUUUCCAUUGCCAGUAGGCUUGUGAACUGGUACAGCCGCUGUGGAAAACAGUUUGACAGUUCCUCAAAAAAUUAAACAUAAAAAUUACCAUAUGCUAGUGAUUCCACUCUUAGAUAUAUGCCCAAAGUAAAUGAAAGCAGAAAUGUGAACAGAUAGUUGUACACUGUCAUGGAUUGAAUUAUGUCCCCCCAAAAAUGUGUGUAUCAGCUUGGUUAGGCCAUGAUUCCCAGGAUUGUAUGGUUGUCCUCCAUUUGUGAUUGUAAUUUUAUGUUGAGAGGAUUAGGGUGGGAUUGUAACACUGCCUUCAGUCAGGUCACCUCCCCGAUCCAGGGUAAAGGGAGUUUCCCUGGGGUGUGGCCUGCACCACCUUUUAUCUCUCAAGAGAUGAAAGGGAAGCAAGCAGAGAGUUGGGGACCUCAUACCACCAGGAAAGAAGCAUCAGGAGCAGAGCGUGACCUUUAGACUCAGGGUCCCUGUGUGAAGAGGCUCCUUGUCUGGGGGAACAUUGAUGAGAAGGCCGACGCCCUGAAUUUGGACAUGUAACCUACUAAAAAACUGUGAGAAAAUAAAUUUCCCUUUGUUAAAGCCAUCUACUUGUGGUAUUUCUGUUAUGGCAGCACUAGAUGACUAAGACCCCAGUGCCCAUCGCAGCACUGUUCACAGUGCCCAAAAGGUGGAAACAACCUAAAUGCCCUUCAGCAGAUGAAUGGAUAAACCAAAGGUGGUACAUACAUGAAGAGGAAUUUUACUCAGCCGUAAAGUGAAAUGAAGUCUUGAUACAUGCUACAACAUGGGUGAACCUUAAAAAUAUUAUGUCAAGUGAAAUAAGUCCGUCGUAAAAGAGCAAAUAUUGUAUGAUCCGACUUAUACGAAAUAUCUGGCAUAGGCAGAUGCAUAGAGACCCAAGUUUAUUAGUUGUUAACAGGGGGGUGAAGGAGAGGAAAAGAGGGAGCUGUUCCUUGGGGAAUACUGAAAUGAUGGAAAAUUUGGAAAUGGAUAGUAAUGAUGGUGUACAGCAUGGUGAGUGUCAUUAAUGUCACUGGAUUGUACGUGUAAGAAAUGUCGACGUGGCAGAUGUUUUUUGUGUAUAUAUUUACCACACAUAUACACACAAAAGGAAGCCAAAGUGUCAUCCUGCUAUCAAGGAACAUAUAAUCUAGUUAUAAAUAUUUAGAAAGACAGUUUCCUACUUUCCUUUUGCUUUGAUUUUAUAAACUAUCCUCUUGGACUUAAGUCAUUUUUUACUAUAUCUGAGAGAUCCUUCGAAGCACCAAAAAUAACACCGCCAGGUGUGUACUCACUUCCCAGUUCGGAAGUGGAACUGUAUUUGUCUGCUCUGGAAAUUUUUCCUUCAAAACAUUUAGGAGAAAAAAAUUGCAAAGGUAACAUUGUUCAUACAUAUAAGAGCUAGGUGCCUGAACACCAACUCUUAUUCCGCAGCCUACCAGCUCUGUGACCUUGGGUUAGUACCUUAACCCUUCCACGCCUCAUUUUCCUAACUUCCAGUCUCUUCUUAUAGGGAUACUCAUAGACCUGUUCCUCCCAUUGCUGAGAAAAUUAAAGAAGUUAAUUCAUGAAAACUGCUUAGGAGUACCUGACACAGGGUCAGUACUCAUUAACUGAUAGACAUUACUGGUAGUAGUAGAACGUUGUUAGGUGCUGUCAAGUUGGUUCCAAAUUAUAGUGACCCCAUGUAUAACAAUGAAACACUGCCCAAUCCUGUGCCAUCCUCACAAUCGUUCCUGUGUUUGAGCCCAUUGUUGCAGCCACUGUGUCAAUCCAUCUCACUCUUCUGCUUUUUUGUUGACCCUUUACUUUGCCAAGCAUGAUGUCCUUCUCCAAGGACUGGUCCCUCCUCAUAACAUAUCCAAAGUCUUGCCAUCCGGCAUUCCGGCUGUACUUCUUCGAAGACAGAUUUGUUUGUUCUUCUGGCAGUUCACGGUAUGUUCAGUAUUCUUUGCCAACAUCAUAAUUCAAGACAUCAAUUCUUCUCUGGUCUUCCUUAUUGUCCAGCUUUUGCAUGCAUAUGAGGUGAUUGAAAAUACCAUGGCUUGGGUCAGGCGCACGUUAGUCCUCAAAGUGACAUCUUUGCUUUUUAACACUUUAAAGAGGUGUUUUACGGCAGAUUUCCCCAAUGCAGUGUGUUGUUUGAUUUCUGCACUGCUGCUUCCAUGGACAUUGAUUAUGGAUUGAAGUAAAGUGAAAUCCUUGACAACUUCAAUCUUGUCUCCUUUUUCCAUGAUGUCACUUGUUGGUCCAGUUGUGAGGAUUUUUGUUUUCUUUAUGUUGAGGUGCAGUCCAUACUGAAAACCGUAGUCGUUGAUCUUCAUCAGUAAGUGCUUCAAGUCCACUUCACUUUCAGCAAGCAAGGUUAUGUUAUCUACAGAACACAGGUUGUUACAAUGAGUCUUCCUCCAAUCCUGAUGCCCUUGUUCUUCUUCCUGUAGUCGGGCUACUAGUUGAUACAAUGAAACAUUCCCAAAAUGGCAAGAUUUUGCCUGGCAGAAGUUUUUUUAAAAUGAGUUCUUUGGUGUUUGAAGAUAAAUACAGUAAUAAGUAAUCUAUUUUUGCUUCACCUAGAAAGGAGAUUUCCUUAGAUAUUGAAUUUUGAACCUUAACAUAAAGCUUCAAAAAUGUUUUAAAAUAGGUUUUUGAUGGCACUGUUGAUUCAGUUUUAAAAAUAAGCUUGACCAAGAUAAGCUUGAAAGCCCUUUCCAGCCGCAUGACUCAGACUUCUCCGCCUCAAUAAACAUGUUUAGUAGAACAUAAUUUUGCCUUACCUUUAGUGAAGGGGGAAACCCUGGUGGUAUAGUGGUUAAGUGCUAUGUCUGCUAACCAAAAGGUCAGUAGUUCAAUUCCACCAGGCGUUCCUUGGCAGUUCUGCUCUGUCCUGUAGGGUCGUUAUGAGUUGAAAUCAACUCAAUGGCAACAGGUUUAGUGAAGUUGCAGCUAUUGUAAACGUAUUCUUCUGUGCCACUGGAAUGAACAGGGUGGUCAUCUGAUUCUGUAUUAGAUGGCCCCAAAGAGAUUGGCCUGAUUGGUAGUUUUCUUUUGCCUCCAAUUUGGUCUUAUCUUACAGAUGCAGAAACAAAGGCCCAUAGAAUUGUCCCACAUAAGUGGCAAAUUAGUGGCUGAGGAGAGCUCUCUCCCAAAAGGCAAAGGGUUUCUUGUCUGACUCUGUUUCUGACUUGCUGUUCAGGGUCUAUGUCAUUUGCUUUUGAGUUGUAUCCAGGGGUAGAACUGAAGGUUUACAAACUGGCUCCAUCACUUAUCUGUGUGACCUUGGGCAAAAAAACAGUACAACCUGCAAAAACCAGAACCUGCAUAGGGCAAAAACCUGUUAGAGAAGGAAAACUCAAAUAUUUUCUACUAAUAGAGAUAGAAAAGUGGUAAGACUGCACCCUAUCAAAGGCAGAAAACUUGUAGGACGUGGAAAAACGAGGCAGUCCCACUGAGUUCUGGCUCUCACAGGUUUCACAGUACUAACUUCUCAGCCUCAGAUUCCUUCCUAAUCAGUAAAAAAGGUGUUGGGAGAAUUAAAUGAAUUAAUACAUGUAAAAGACCUUAGAGCAGAGUCGGGCAUAUAGUAAGCCCUCAGUAAAUGUUAGUUGUUAUGUUAGGUCAAACAUUUUCUGUGUGUGAGAAGGGCUUAGGAAAUUGUUUUCUUCUGAUUUGGAUGUUUGUAUUGUUUUAAAUUUUAUUUCUAGGUGCUGUAGAAGUGUGAGUUUUGACUUUAGGGGUGACUGUUAAUCCACUUGCCUGGUCAUAGCUGGGCUACACAUGCUCUCGAAUCCCAUCUGGUUUGUGCCCCCUUUCACUCUCAAGUGCCCUGGUUUGGACGAUACAUUUUAUGGUCAACUUAGGUUUGACAAGAGUGAAGUGUUACUGUAGUUUUGCAUUUCUUUCGUUAUGGAUUGUCUUUCAUAUUUAUAUGUGUCCUUCGUUCGUACCCUUCUAUAACUAUCCCUAAUAAUCAGAUGGGGAAAACAUGUUUGAAACUCAAAGUCCAGCUGUCUUUUUUUUUUUUUUUCUCUUGAGACUAACAUUUAAUAUAGAAAUAACUCUCUUCCCCAUCUUCACUUUCCAAAUCAAUAAGUCGCUUCACUGUGUUUUUGGGAACCCAGUUUCAGCUUCCUUAUUUUGUAGAUGCAGAAACUAAGGCCAAUAAAAGCUGUCCCGCGUACAUGGUAAAUUAGUAGCCGGGGAGAACUCUGUCCUAGUCUCUUGACUCCCAUUGUUCUCCUUAUUGCAGAGUAGUAAAAAGUAUUUUUAUAGAGAAGGUCAACAUUUUCUGGAGUGCAUUAUACAAGUACAUUCCUUUCAUGUUCUGUGGAACAAAGGGGCUCCUUUAGAUCAUGCAGAAUGCUUUCGCUUAGGGAUUUACAAUGCGCCUUAGCACAUUAAGGAGCCCUGGUGGCACAGUGGUUAAGAGCUGAGACUGCUAACCAAAAGGCCAGCAGUUCGAAUCCACCAGCCACUCCUUGGAAACCCUACGGGGCAGUUCAACUCUGUCUUAUACAGCCACUAUGAGUCGGAACUGACUCCACAGCAAUGGGUUUUAGCACUUUAAAACCAAACAAAAACCAAACCCAUUGCCACCAAGUCGAUUCUGACUCAUAGCGACCCUAAAGAACAGAGUAAAACUGCCCCAUAGGGUUUCCAAGGAGCACCUGGUGGAUUCAAACUGCCGACCUUUUGGUUAGCAGCCUGAGCUCUUAACCAACUAUGCCACCAGGGUUUCCUAGCACUUUAAAGGUGCUAAAAAAAAAAAGUCCUGAAGUAAACAAACCUUUUUGGCUUUGUUUACCUCUGCAUUUUCCAAACCUUGGGAAAACUGGAAAAUACUGGACUAAGGCUUUUGUUUGUUUUUUUAAAUUUCACAGAGUUAUUUUUUUGUCCCUGUUGCAUUCAACAUGAUUUUUUAUUUCCUCAAUUGGGUCUGCUGCAAUCGCUGAAGCUUAUUUUAAGCUAGUCACAUCAUCUGAUUGGGAUUGGUCAUGUUGGUUAUUAACAGAAGGAAGCUCCCCAGAAUGAUGAUUGUACAAAAAGGGCCGUUUAUAUCCUCUGGGCCUCUCACCCCGAAGGCCCUGUCUUUCCCUUUCCUGUACUGCCACAUUAUCCACAGAUUGGAUUUUAGUCUGUUGCCUACAAAGACAGACCAGGCUGGCCUGGGAAAAACCCUCCCUGGAGAGGUUAUACAGUCUCUAAUUUGCAUUUCCAGCGUUGAAAGACAGUGAAUUAGAUUAAGAAAUAAAUGACUGUGCUCAAUUUGCCAUAGGUUUUUGGUUACCUGAGAAGUAAGUUAAAUGGUUCCCUGAGAAUUUUGAGAAGAAAUAUGGCUUUAGUACCAGAAUCAGCCAGGGGUUACCCCCCCAGGAUUUAGAACUGGAGACACAGGGUGGACUCGGGGAUCAUACCUGAUCCUGAGAAAUGCUGCCCCCUCCCGUCUUUCCUUCUUUUUUUUUCCCCUUCUUCCCAAUACCUGUGCUUAUUUUAGUAUUAGAGCUCCACUGGGACAUAUGAGUGUCACCCAGAUCAGUUCUUCCUGGGGGGGUUCCUAUUGACCAGGUGCUAUUGGGAAAAGACUAUGUCCCUCCAUUCCAGAGACAGUUAUUUCAAGCUGCCUCUCCAGGGUGAAACCCCAGCUGUCCUCAUGGUGCUGCUUAAAAUGUCAAAUGGCCAGGCAUCCUUAGCUCAGCCACGUGACCUCCCCAGUGUAUGCUAGGUGUUCUUGUGUCCUCAGUGGGGCUGUUGGUGUUUUACAACCAUUGCAUGUUUAAAUAAAACAUUAGAGUAUCUAAUUGCGCUCAUCAAAAAAAAUGGAAGGUUUAAAAAAAAAAAAGUUUUUAACAUGAUUUAAAUCUCAAAUAGACCAAUGUAAUAGUGCCUUGAGUCCCUAGAAACCUCACAGAAUUGCCAGAUGGAAAUGAUUCUUGUGUGUGUGUGUGUGUUUUGAACUGAGAGUUGUGAACUCUGUGCACUUCUGUGACUGAUUUUCCUCUACCAGGAAGCAAGACUCCAUUCUUCCUUGUUUUGUUUCAGCACUCUUUGUGCUACAGUAGUGAGUGUUCUCUGCAGGCAAUAGAAAUAAAAAAGCAAAUCCAAAAUGAAACUGCAGGAAGGAGUAAAGAAGUACAUGAGAAGAGGCCUACCAUGGGAGUGACAACAUGCCAACCUUCCUUUAGAAACCCUUAGAUGGUGUUGUCCACCAUCCACUGUUACUCCCGGGUUCAAAGCUCGUCUAUUUUUUAUUGUUAUUGUGAUGAAAAGAUAAACAACAAAACAGUUUCUGCAUGUAAAAUUCAGUGGCGUGAGUUCCAUUUUGCAUAUCGUGUAACCAUUAUUGCUGUCCCUUUCCAAGUUAAUUCAACCCAUUUUGUUGUUAAAUUUUUUCCCUCACUUUGGUAAAGGCUUUUAUUUUGCAUAAUGUUUUCAUUCUGGAUCUCUUUGGAUACUUUCCAACCUUUUUGAGAAGGAAUUGUCUGUGACAUUUUUAUGUUUUAAAUAAAAAUUUUUAAUGAAUCAUACUAGAAUUAACUUAUAAAUGAGGCCACAAACAAACAAAGCUUCCAGGACUCUCUUUUUUUUUUUAAAGAACCACUGAAAAUGCCUAAUUAGAGCCCUGAUGCUCUUGUGACACUCAACUUUAAAACUAAGAUUUAUUAGAUUUACUGUUUUUAAGUUUGAACAUAAGUUAACACAUGACAGAUUUACUUUGUGUUCAGCAAAAAUUGACAAUAUUUCAGUCUAAAUUACAAAAAAAAAAAUAAUAAACUUUUCUACAUUCCUAGUAUUUAAGAACGGAAGACUGGGAAUUUGCUUGCACUGAAGUAUCAGACAGGAGCCUUGGGGGCACAGCAGUUAGCGCAAAUGGCUGCUAACCAGAAGAAAUGGAUGAAAAGAGGCUGCUGGAUCCAGGACUGAAGGUUCAUAAAGGCUUCUGGGAUUACACUCUGCAAAACCAGCAGAUGGAACGCCUGAGCGACUGAAGAAAAUGGGUGCUAAUGCAUCUAACUAUCCUCAUUCGUGUUCCCCGAGGGUAGGGGCAAACUCACAAGCCCAGCAGACCUUUAUAGGAACAUCAUCCUAUUCUCAGCAAGGCUAUGGUUGUGAAUCAAAAUUGUAUAGCCUUGACCAUGGCCAUGAGAAACCACAAGACAAAAAAAAGAGAACCUCUGGCCUUGCCACCCUCAAAAAGAAGUUUAUUAAGCGUCGAAAAUCUAACAGGUCUGCCGAUCACGCCAAGCAGAUGCGAGAAUUCCUCUCUGGGUGGGAUGUUAGAGAUGUCAAUGCGCUGGUGGAGGAAUAUGAGGGAACUUCAGCCUUAAAGGAGCUUUCUCUACAAGCCAGUUUGGCUAGGCCGGAAGCCCAGACAUUGCAGAAAGAUAUGGCCGAUCUUUAUGAGUACAAGUAUUGUACUGAUGUAGACUUAAUAUUUCAAGAAACUUGUUUUCCUGUUCAUCGUGCCAUUUUGGCGGCAAGGUGUCCAUUUUUUAAAACACUGCUUUCUUCCUCACCCGAAUAUGGAGCAGAGAUAGUAAUGGACAUCAAUACAGCUGGUAUAGAUAUGCCUAUGUUUUCUGCUUUGUUACACUACCUUUAUACGGGAGAGUUUGGAAUGGAGGAUUCAAGGUUUCAAAAUGUUGAUAUCCUCGUUCAGCUUAGUGAAGAAUUUGGAACACCAAAUUCCCUUGAUGUAGAUAUGCGUGGGCUCUUUGAUUACAUGUGUUACUAUGAUGUUGUCCUUAGUUUUUCUUCAGACUCUGAACUGGUUGAAGCUUUCGGUGGAAAUCAGAACUGUUUAGAUGAAGAGCUCAAAGCUCACAAGGCUAUUAUUUCAGCACGGUCUCCAUUUUUUCGAAAUUUAUUGCAAAGGAGGAUACGGACUGGUGAAGAAAUCACAGACCGAACUUUGAGGACUCCCACAAGAAUUAUACUAGAUGAGUCCAUCAUACCAAAAAAGUAUGCGAAAGUUAUAUUACACUGUAUGUAUACGGACGUGGUGGACCUCUCUGUUUUGCACUGUAGCCUCUCUGUGGGGAGUCUCAGUGAAGUUCAGGCUCUCGUUGCAGGGAAGCCAAACAUGACCAGGGCGGAAGAAGCCAUGGAACUUUACCACAUAGCACUGUUCUUGGAAUUUAACAUGCUUGCACAAGGCUGUGAGGAUAUCAUUGCUGAGAGCAUCUCAUUAGAUACCUUAAUUGCCAUCCUCAAGUGGAGCUCUCAUCCAUACGGCUCUAAGUGGGUGCACCGGCAAGCUUUACAUUUCCUCUGUGAGGAAUUUUCCCAGGUCAUGACUUCGGAUGUUUUUUAUGAACUCAGCAAAGACCAUCUGCUUACUGCUAUCCAGUCUGACUACCUACAGGCAAGUGAGCAAGAUGUCCUUAAAUAUCUGAUUAAAUGGGGAGAGCAUCAAUUGAUGAAAAGAAUAGCAGACAGAGAGCCAAACUUACUGAGUGGCACUGCUCAUAGUGUGAACAAAAGAGGUGUAAAAAGACGAGACCUGGACGUCGAAGAGCUGAGAGAGAUCCUUUCUUCUCUCUUACCUUUUGUGCGAAUUGAGCACAUCUUGCCUAUAAACAGUGAAAUCUUAAGUGAUGCAAUGAAAAGAGGCUUGAUUAGUACUCCCCCAUCAGAUAUGCUUCCUACAACAGAAGGUGGAAAGUCAAACGCCUGGUUACGGCAAAAGAACGCUGGUAUAUAUGUUCGUCCUCGACUGUUCUCCCCCUACGUGGAAGAAGCAAAGUCAGUGCUCGACGAGAUGAUGGUGGAACAAACAGAUCUUGUGCGUUUGCGAAUGGUUAGAAUGUCCAAUGUGCCAGACACACUUUAUAUGGUCAGUAACGCCGUGCCACAGUGUUGUCACAUGGCCAGCCACCAGCAGAUCAGCAGUAACCAGUCAAGCCCUCCUUCAGUUGUAGCCAAUGAAAUUCCGGUUCCUCGUCUGCUCACUAUGAAAGACAUGGUCAGGCGUCUGCAGGAACUCCGACACACUGAGCAGGUGCAGAGAGCCUACGCGCUGAACUGUGGCGAAGGCGCCACUGUCAGCUAUGAGAUCCAGAUUCGCGUGCUCAGAGAGUUCGGCCUUGCAGAUGCUGCUGCGGAGCUCUUGCAGAAUCCUCACAAGUUCUUUCCUGAUGAACGUUUUGGGGAUGAAAGUCCACUCUUGACAAUGAAACAGGCUGGGCGAUGUCGGGUUAACAGUACCCCUACUGCAGAAACCAUGUUUACAGAUCUGGACUCUUUUGUGGCCUUCCAUCCACCCUUGCCCCCUCCUCCACCUCCAUACCACCCCCCAGCUACCCCAAUCCAUAACCAACUAAAAGUGGGUUGGAAGCAAAAACCUCCCAGCCAGCAUCCUUCACGGUCGUUUUCUUAUCCCUGCAGUCAUUCCCUCUUUCACUCCAGAACACCUCCGAAAGCGGUCCCUCCUCCAGUCUAUUUGCCAAGCAUUAAAGCAGCACCCCCUGACUGUACAAACACUGCAGGCUUGGGGAGGCAGACAGUGGCUGCUGCUGCUGCUGCAUCAGCAGCAAUGACAUCUGAGAAACAAGUGUGUACACAACCUGUGCUAAAUGAGCUAAUGCCAGACAUCGCCAUGGGGGUAUCCACAUUGUCACUCAAGGACAGAAGGCUUCCAGAACUUGCUGUAGAUACAGAAUUAAGCCAAUCAGUUUCCAAAGUAGGACCGGGGCCUCCCCAGCAUCUAUCUUGUAUUCCACAGAGGCAUUCACACACUUCUCAAAAGAAACACACGCUAGAGCGAAAAACAGAUCCUAGGGAAAAUCCGCAGGAAUACCCAGAUUUCUAUGACUUCUCAAAUGCUGCUUGCAGACCUUCUACUCCGGCUCCUAGCAGACGGAGCCCCCCACCUUCACAGGCUGGGUAUUUUGGUCCCGAUUUGUACAGCCACAAUAAGGCAUCACCAGGUGGCUUAAAGUCAGCCUACCUACCUAGCCAGACCUCUCCUAAAAAACAGGAAGAAGCUAGGAGAGAAUAUCCACUUUCCCCUGAUGGGCAUCUACACAGACAAAAGAGCGAGCCAAUCCACCUUGAUGUCAUCGAACAACCUCCCCAGCGGUCAGACUUUCCUUUGGCAGCCCCGGAAAAUGCUGGUAAUGGCCCAGCCCACAUGAGGGGACGGACAGCAGUAGAAACCGACUUGACUUUUGGGCUGACUUCUAACAGACCUUCCCAUUCUGCAUGUAGCUCUGAAGCUCCAGAAGAGAGAUCCACUCGGAGACUGGCAGACAGUGAGUCCUUGGGCCACGGAGCCCAGAGAAACCCAGAUUUGGAAAGAGAGGAUUCAGUAAGCAGAGGAAGGAGGUCGCCAAGCAAGCCCGACUUCCUCUACAAGAAGUCUGCCCUCUGAGAACAUCCUCUACAUCGUCUGUGCCUGAGAUGUGAGACAUCCCAUUUAUGAUGCAACCCAGCAACUUAAAGAGCAGUUCAUCCGUGCCAGCUGAUAGCUCGGGUUCACAUGGGCUCCUCCUCGUGUGUGUAUAUAUGUGUUUAUUAGACAUAGCAUGCUGAGAGGGUUCUUUUGAAAGCUGCGUCUGUCUCUUUUGUGUUUGAACAGUUGUGUGGGGAAGCAUUUUUAAGAGCAAGCAAGCUGGCACUUUUUUUCUCUUUAAAAAUGAUGGAAUUUUUUUGCACUUGUACAUUUAUUUUAUCUGUAUUGGUUUUAUAUCAGUAUGCUAAACUUUAUUGCCACAUUUAAAGGACUAUUUUCAUACUUUUUUGCAUUUUACCUUUCAUCUGCUGAUUCCCAUGUGCAUUGGAUUGCACACUAAGAUGUAUUUUCUUAUGAAAUAGUUCUGUGUUUAUUUUUUAAUUACAGAAAUUCCAAAGAACAGCACAUCAAAAUCUUCCUCUUUUUGGUAAUGACUUUAGUUCAGAAAUCUUCCUGCUCGAUCUCCAUUAAUGUCUUCUUUUUUUUUUUAAUAAGUCUCGGGAGCUAGUCUCCAUUCCUCCAGCGGGAGUCCACUCAGGAUCCUGAACUUUUCUGGUUCCGUAAAGAACACGGAAGGAGAAAAGUCUUCCGUGCCCAGGCUAAAGCUGUUGCUUUCUUCAGGAUGGACUGUGUACCAGAAUCACGGAAAACUCCAGUAGUGUGCGUUAGAAUAUCACUAAGUGAUGUUCUAAAGAGAUCAAAUUAAUUGGAAUUAUAAAGCAGUGGAAAUAGCAAACAAAGGGUUUCCCUGACUGGAUUUUUGAUUCUCAGAGUUGACUCUCCAGCUGAGACGGGUGGAAGGAGUGCUUACUGCCUUCUGUUGUCUUGCUCUGUGGGAAACAACACAAAACAAAAGGGCUUCAGUCUUACGGAUGUCAUUUGGUGUUUGUAAGCAUAUGUUUUCUUUCAGAUGUCUUUCAAAGUAUGUCUGAAUUUUGGUGUCCUAUAGAAAGUUGUUGCAGAAUGCAUAAUGCUUUGUUGCCAAAACAGAAAAAGAAAAAAAAGUUGGUUUUUUUCCCAGUUAAACACUACACGUCCUACUUGAACUCCACCUUGGGAUGCCGGUUUGGGCCUUUUUCUGAACCACCGCAGCACAGGGGAUCUUUGAAGAUCCUCCCUUGGAAGGGCAAUGUGUGAGCUAAGGACUGUUUUUCUUACUCCCCAAUGUAAAUAUAUUAGUAUUUGAGUUUUUAAAUCACUUCAGCAUUAUUUGAGCAUUCACUUUGUAUUUUUACAAACACAUACACACAUGUGGCCGUGGCACUUAGAAGGAAAGACGCUUUCCGAACGUUUCCUUGUGUGAAGGAUGUUUGGAAGCCUCUUUUCUGUGUAUGUGUGUAUAUAUGUAACUAUGAGUCACUCACACUCACCCCAAACUAUGCAGGACUCGGGAGCCUUUACAAGCUACCAUAUAAAUGAAUUAAUUACAUGCACUUUUAAGUAAAUAGGGUUCUAUUGGAUGUCAGCAGCUCUGAUUUCUCCCAAAACUGUAGUUUCUCUUACAGUCUUUUCCUACUUUACCCUGUGGAUAUACACUCAGGAAUAAUCUGACAUGUUAAGAAAUCCUAACGGUAGAUAGUCUCAAAGACAGGAACCACAUCAGUGUAUCUCCACCCACCGGCACACUGCUGCCUGGCUAGUUAGCUGCUGCUAGUGCGUCCGUCCACGUUGGUGAUGCUGUGUAUUGCACUCCACAUCGCCCGAGGACACGCGGGUCUGCUGGAAGGUGGGCGGGCAUCUCCUUCAAGGCUCCUUUCUUAAAGACAGCAAAACACAGAACUCUGUUUUCAUUUUUAGGAGGUUUGACUCUAAGAUGAUGGUGUCUUUUGAAGCCCAGUCUCUGUCCCUCUUCAGAAACAAAAGUUGUUAAUCCCGUCAUAUCCUUUAACAUGUAUUGAUAUGUGUUGACAUGAAUUAUUUUCAUCCGGUUUUAAAUUUCUGUUCUGAAUCAGACUGUACUGUGCUGAUACUGCAAAUAAGAAUGAAUAGACCUAAUUGGGGGCGGGGGGGUGGACUUUUUUAACCUCUGACCUGGUUUAUUAAACUGUUAGACCAGAGCUAUCGAUCCCACACAUCCUUGGCCUAAAAUUCAUUGGAUUUUCUUUCAUAUCCCAAAAUUAUAAAAAUAGGGGGUUGCUGUUCAUAAUGUUAUUUAUGAAAUUUGCUUUUAAUGAUUUAGUAGCGCAUGUGGCUAAACUCUGUGUAUAGAGGGAAAAGUAGCUUUAAUCUGUGAGAUUGGGGACUGAUGUGACUUGCAGCAGGUAAACAUGUAGUUCCGUGUGUGGUAGGGUAGGUACUGGUGGACCUUUAGUGUAUCUUGUGGAGUGUGGUUUAUAAGGUAGGUUGGAUAGCGAUGUGCCUCUGGCUUUUGAACCUAUCCGUUACAUCUUUUUUAUGGUGUACUAAGAUAAAUGUGAAGUCUGAGUAAGGUUGCUUUCAGAAAAAGAAAAUAUAUGUGUAAAACAAAACAUUUAGGUCACAAGAACUGGCAUUUUACUUGGUAUAGAAAUGUGAUGAGAACCAAAUCACAAAAAUACCAGAUCUCCUUUUGAGGCCAUCGACAAUCAGGCCGUUCAGACAAUCACACUUUCAGUACCCACUGUGUGUUGAGGUUAGAAAACUACCAUGUAGAUCCUAGAGUGGAAAGGGAUUCAAUUUUCUUAAAGAUACUGUUGGUCUUUUUCUUAUAUUUUUUGUUUUAGUUUUAUGAUUUUGAUGAGUAAGUUCAAAGUCACCUGUGACUCCUAAGGAAAAUAGCAGCAUGAAAGGUAAAACUACCUGAACCAGUAGUUGUUUAAAUGUUUCAUGUAAGCUACCCUUCCUCACAGGCCCCUGUAGCUUCUUCUGGGAUAUGUCGCUAGACCUCAGCUAGCCCAGUGUUUCAGUAACCAGUUAGAUUGUAGUGACUUACAGCGAGAGUUCUUUGUGUUUGUCUUUGCGUAGAACUCUCUGUGAAACUUGACUUAAUCCUUAUUUGAGCUCCCUCAAAAACUCUUGUUCAUUACAGUUGUCAUCCCUUUGACUUGUUAUUCAGGCUCUAGCAAUGGACACAAUUCUUGUGCAGCUGAGUUCCAGUGGUGACGCAGACACAAAUGGGAGGACAGUAAUUGCGCAGCCAAGGGGCCACAAAGUGACAUCAGUGUGCCAUUUUCUGGAGCUGAAAGGUGAAUGUUUCUCAGUGACUAUACUAGGCAAAACACAUGUCUUCAUAAUAUUUAGUUUGCCUUUUAGGGAAAAAUAUGUUUCAUGAAACACUUAAAAAUACUUCUUUGCAAUUCCGAAGUACUCAUGUUUUUAUCUUAGGACUGAAUUCAAAGGGAAACACUCAUUUGACUUUUUUUUAAUUAUCCGAUUGACUUCCAACUUUGUGUAGCUAUUAAAACAGCAGUGAUGGGUGCUAUUCCCGGUUCUGCCAUGGUUUACUUUGUCUACGAGUAAUUUACUUUCAAACCUCAUUACAGAUAAUCUUACUAACAGAAUUACCGUGCACACUGCUAAAAGGUGUUUUCCUGUCCUCCAUGAACACUGUUGUAUGAACAAUGUUUUAUGAUGUGUUGUCUUUUUGUCCUAUGGAUUGCAAUGGCUGUUAUAUAAUAAUUGUAUCGGCAAGUCUUUUUUUUUUUUUUUUUUUUUCCCACCCCUCUAGAAAACCCUAAGAUUGUGCGUCAACCUCCCAUUUUCUGAUAAAAUAUUAUAAUGGUGUGGCCGUUUCUGUAGAAAGAAUACUUGCAAGUGUGCGUCUUGAAAGUAACCUCUGUGUUUGUGUGUUCAUGUGGGUUCUAAGAGAUCAGAUAGCUCUGAAAGUUCCAGGUGCACCUGCACAGGGCUGUAUCUGAGCUCAGUGGGCAGGUGGUACGGAAUCCUGUUCUCGAUGGGGGGCUGGAAGGUCGAGGUUCCUGAACUCCACUUGCUGUUUGUGUACCACAUCUGUACUUCAGGCUGCUGGUAUCUUUACAAUACUGCAUUUCUUAUGGUUGUGCUGUUACUGGUAUAAAGUCAAGUGCCUUCAAUGCUAAAGGCUCAGAAAUUUUUCUUAAAACUGAUUUCAUGUCCUAUGCAAGUGUUUUUUACAACCUGCAUAACCAGUACUUUGUAAAACUUGUUUACGCUUCAAUUGUACAUAGUGUUUUUUAAAGAAAUAUAUAGUAUUUUUAUUUAGGUACCUCCAAACUUGAAUUCGUCUGUGUCAAGCGUUGUAAAACGAUACAUUUCUCUUUUGAGUACCAUUACAGUUGUACAAAGGUUUUCACUGGUUCUAUUUUUCUACUGUCACUGAUAAGCAUGUAACACUGACUUUAGCCUACACAUAGCCGGCAUUUCAAAUAAAUGGCUUGUAUAGAACCUGCUGAGUUGGAGACCGUCUGUUUUAGCGGUGUAGCGUACAGCCUCAAUUGUAGACGUGACUGUUCCCUCUAGGGUAGAAUUGGGAAGUUUUUUACGUGAAUUUCUCCUGUUUCUAGGAUUUCAUUUAUUCAGAGGCAUUUUUUAAUUACUGGUAUUAUGGGUUUCUUGGAAAUCACAGAUAUUGGGACAUUUCUGAGAGAUUCAUUUUACAAAUUUGAACAGAGAGUUCCCUGUCCAGGGUUCUGUAGAGGAAGUUAAGCUCCCCACCCAAGGGCACUGAGCAGCUGGGGUGGGUGGGGCGCGGCAGUCCGUCUGUGAGGACCCAGACCCCAUCUCGGUGGUCACAGCUGCCAGGUGUCGGAGACCUGAGUUAGACUCUGAGCUUUCUUCUCUUUAAAACUGAGCCUCAAUGGUAUUUUUCAGCAUGAAAGAGAAAACAGAGUCAUGAUCUAGGUGGAGUCUAGGUUUCUGGGGAAAAAGAAACAUGCAAAAUGGAGAGUGUUCUAAUUUCCAUUUCAUAACAUUGCUAUACAAUAGUUCGUAUUUUUAAAUUUUACUUCAGUCAUCUCACUAAUGAGUUCUGUCCUAGUACUUCACUCUUCAUGCCUGGCUAGGCGAUUCUCUAUCUGUAUAUUUUGUAACCACCUUGUCAAGCUGGGGAGCAUCAAGGAAAAAUACAAUCUCAGGUUUUUGUGGGUGGAACUUGUUAAAAAUCUGAAAAAGAAAUCAAGUUUUAUUUCAGUACUUUUGGAUUGUCCCCAGAAAAACUGGAGUUCAGCCUAGCUUGCCUAGCCACCUGAAGCCUUACCUUUUCUCAAUACAUUGACGAACAUUCUUAGGUCACUCUCGUCCCAGAGUCAGGUGAUACGAAGCAGGAGGCAAAACAGACAGGGUACCUUUAAACUUGACCUGGGGAUGACUUUUGUCCUAAAAUUUAAACAGUUCAGGGCAGUAGGAGAUUUUUGUAGCUGGGUUGAAAAGGCCCAGGAAUUAAUGGAAGGAGUCCAACAAGAAAUAUGCUGGAUUCCGUGCUGGUUACGGACCUAGUGCCAUCAGUUCCAACUCGUGGUGGCCCCAUUUGUUACAGAGUAGAGCUGCUCCAAAGGGUUUUCCUCCCUGUAAUUUUUACGGAAGCAGAUCACCAGGCCAUCCUUCUAUAGUGCCACCGGGCAGGUCUGAAUCACCAACCUGUAGGUUAGUAACCCAGCACAAACUGUUCGCACCACCUUUGCUAAGCUCUUGAUACGUUUUUCCUUUAAUCCUUCGAUAAAUUAAGUACUAUUUCCUUUUGUCUUCUAUGAAUUAGGUGCUAUUAUCAGUGUCAUUUUACAAACGAGAAAACUGAAACAGUGGUAGUAACUUGUCUAAGAUCACACUGCUUGUAAGUUGGCAGAGCUUGGGCUCAAACCCCGCAGUACUGGCUCCAGAGCCCAAGUUCUCCAUGACUGUAUUGUGCUGAGAAUCAGGCUGUGAGGCAGUCCAGGCAGGGGGAUCCGAAUGUGCAAAGAGGUGGAGGUAGGCAUUUGUUUGGCAAACAUUUAUUUAUUCAUCCAGUAAAUACUUGCUGAGCAACUGCUUCCUGCCAGACACUGCUCAGUACUCAGGCAACUGUAAUGAGCACGACAGUUACAGUCCCACCCUCAGCAGUUUUGGGCUCUCAAGGAAGAGAAGGCACUGAAUGAUUGCAGAGGUAAGGCUGGGGAUCUGACUGGCUCUGGCGAUGGGGAAGACUGCCAGAUGGCAAUGUGGCAAUGAGCUUGAAGGUCCGGGUGCCGGGCGAGGAGGAGGGGAGAGGCAGGUGUCUGGAGAGGUGGAUUGGGAUAUUAGAAAGGCUGAGCUCUGGGAGGAGGAGGAGGGGAUUGAAACUCCUGAAGGGUGAGAGGUGGGGGAGGCCUGGACUUGCCCCCCUUGGAGGGCAGAGUAAGGAUUUUGAACUUGAUCCUAAUAGCAAUGGGAAGCUAACACAGGGUUUUAAGCAGGGGUGUGAUGUAGUCAGCUUUGCGUGUUCCCAAUCAGGGCCAAAGUAUGAGAAGUGGAUCACAGAGGAGCAGGAGUGGCUGUGAGAGACCAGCCAGCGGGCACAGCAGGCCAAGAGAUUGCUGAGAACAGCCUUUUCGACAGGACAGGACAGGACAGCUUCACGUGACAGGUCCUACCUACGUGGUGACUGGAUGAGGGAGAGAUGGACAAGGGCUCAGCUUAGGGGAGAGAUGGGGAGUUUAAUGUUGGUUAGUUAACUUGGAAAUAAUUGCUAGGCAGCCAACUAACUGUCAAUUUGGUGUCAGCUGGCAGGAAGGGUCAAAUGGAGAGGUACUGUGCCAUGUCCGCACAUGUGGGGGCAUUUAUAGUCUUGGGAGCAGAUGGGGCGGCUUACAGAGAAACUUAAGAUGAAAAGAGGGCCCAGGAGUGCACCUGGAGGAACUGCAGCCUUCCCAGGUCAGGUCAGCUAGAGGGUGAGGCUGGCAGGGGCAGCCACCAGGUGGACAGAAACCCAGCAGUGUGGCCCCGCAGAAGGCCAGGCAGAGACUUUGAAGGGAAAAUGAUCUUCAGAAUAUACACGAGAAGAGAGCAAAAUACAAAAUUGCUACCACCUGCCCCCACUUGUGGAGAAGACCAGAAAACAGAGAUACAUAAUAAACCUGUAUACAUACAAAGUUGUUCAAGAACCUACAAGAUAGUAACAGGGCCACCUCUGGAAAAAGACAUUGGUAAUCUGGGAGGGAAGAACUUUGGAUUGUAUACUGUUUGUACUGGUUGAAUUUUUAAAUUCCAUGCAUGUAUUAGUCUUUCAAGUUAAUUAAAGGUAAGGGAUUAAGGAUCAGUUCUGCCCCUCCCCUGUCCCACAAAAAGUUCCUCUGUAACUGCUGCUCAGAGGUUUUGGGAGAUCAGGCCCAAAAAGAUGCUUCGGGGUUGGCCAUACGGAGAAGGUGAGUGCGGCCGGCAAGAGCGGCUUGGUGGCUGGGUAGGGAGAGAAGCCAGGUGGGACGGGUUGAAGUGUGAACAGGAGGUGAGAAGGCAGAGACAAUGUGUAGAUGAUUUUUUUUUGAGGAGCUUAGAGGUGAAGAGGAAGAGAGUGGGAGCUGAAGGAGUUGUCGGGUAUAAGACAGCCACAAAAGCUGGGUGGUGUCAUGGUUACUAGCCAGCCCACGUUACUGCAUCUCCAUGUGCCUGUCAUGAGAGAUUGUCACAUGCCCAAGUGCAGCCUAGCUGGGCUUGUCCCCCACUGGAAGACUAGAUAGACCCUGCCAACAUGAAAAAGGAGGUCAGGUUGGCAAAAUUUGUUCUUAAGGACUCUCAGUUCCUAGUCACAGCGAGUUUCUUCAGGAGCUCAGAAAUCAUCUAGCAGUAGCCAGUAGUUCAUUCUACAACCCUCUAAGGAGUUCUCGUUAGGGGAACCAGUCCAUAGUUACCAGAAUCUCCCAUCCCACACUUAAAAAUACAAAUGCAAAUGAGACAUUUGGCCAUUUCUAGUGUUUGGGCCCAGGUCCCUUUUUGGUUGUCCUGUACAGAUUGUCAUUGAGUGCUGGGUCCCUGCUCACUACCACAGGGCCUUCAGGGUCCCGAGAUCCUCUGUCCCGGGCCACCUCAGGUCCUGCUUCAAAUUUGCUCUACCCUGCCAGGCUGGAAGGUGCUAUCUGACAGGAUGUGAGAGAGUGGCGUGGUUCUACCAUUUGUCAUCCAUUAACCUUGCCUUCGCUGUCCUUGCUCCAAAUGCGACUUCACACAUCACAUCAGUGGUGUCAUUGCUGUGUUCCUUGGGCCUGCUCAUCUCCCUUGGCUUUACCUUGACCCAUCUUACCGGCAGGUCCCUCAGGUCUGUAUACCCUUUGCCCAUGGAUCCCUUUUUAUUCAGUCUCAGGGCCAAUGCUCACCAGCUUCCUACAGCCACAGUCACUUCCUCAGGGGCUGCCCUGUGGCUCCAUCAGGGUCAGGAUUAAGAUGUCCUCCUCUUUCAGGGCCUCUGAUUUGUGGCCAUCGUCACUUGUCUCAACUUCAGGGCAUCUGCAUCCAUAAAGUCUGGUGUCUGAGUGCUUGUGACCACUGAUGGGUUGUGGCAGGGCUUCAGAGCGAGGGAGGAACUGAAGCCAGGAGACCCCACAGGAGGAAGGGGUGUGUCCCCCAGAAGGCUGUGCCUGGACAAGGACGACCCUUGGGAGUGGACCAGGUGAGAUCCAGGCAAACCACUGACCUCAGUGUCCUCAUUCUUAAAACAGAGGUGACAGCCAUUCCCUUGUUGAGUGCUGAGUAACCUUCCAAUCACCCUGAGCAAAAACCAAACCUGACCCACAGUGACCUUAUAGGACUGAGUAGAACUGCCACCGGGGUUUCCGAGAACCAGCUAGUGGCUUCGAACUGCUCGCCUUUAUUGUUAGCAGCCAUAGCUCACCAUAGCUCUUAACCAUUGCACCCCCAGGGCUCCAACCUUAUUGCCAUUCUCAAGAUCAAGAACCGCCUCCUCAACACCUGCCUCUCUGGGCGAGGUUUCUGUGGGCCCUGGCUGACCUCUACACUCCCCCUCACACCAGUAACUAGCUACGUAAAUGUCCUCUGUUUCUGCACUCUGAUUAGAUGUCCAUAAAUGCCCCCCACCCUCUGCGACUGAACUAAAAGCACUUGUUCUCAUUUCUCCUUGUUCUGACAGACCGACCCAGGCCCCCGAGAUUUUCUCAUUAGUCCAGGUGUAGGAGAGCCCUCAGGGGCCUGAGUGCCCCCCACUACUGCUGGGAUUGUGCUCUUUGCAACACUGCAGCCAACUGAGCCCCUCUACCUGCCAGUCCCCCUCUCCUGAGUCAUUCUGUCAUUGCUCUGUGUAAGCCCCUCCCAAACCAAGCCCAUUGCUGUCGAGUUGAUCCCGACUCAUGGCAGCCCCAUGUGUUACAGAGUAGAACUACUCCAUGGGGUUUUCUGGGCUGUUAU